AUGGUGAACACGAGCCUCUUCGCGUCGACCCUGGGACGCGGUGCACCCGCCGUAUUUCGGGCUGCGCCACGCAGACGUCGGGGUCCACGAGACGGGCAUAAGAAGCUUGCGAUCCGCCCGUUUGACGGCAAGGAGCUGUACGUCGGGCUGGGCUCCGGCUUUCUGGACUGGGGGCAGAGGGACGUGAAAGUAGACCUUCUCGGCCACUACCUGUCGGACACGGCCGAGAGGUACAACAACAAGCAGGUGGACACGUGGUGGAACCAGUUGCCCACGUUGCGGUUCGCCAUGGAGUGGAUGUUGGACGCGUUCAAGACAAACUUUACGCCCGCCCAAGCCAUAAAGUUGUUCACGGCGCCGAAGGACAUCAAUCGAUCGUGGUCCGAGCACUACAUCUACGCACGGUGUUAA